UCAUGAGAUUGUUUAGUGCUGCCUUUUUUUUUAUCCGGAUAUUUUGUGGUAACUUAGAUGAAGAUAUUGAUAUUGAAAGUUUUGAGAAACCUGCUCCAUCUCCCUUUGAAAGUAUAAAGAAUAAGAGUUUAGCCAAUGAAUCUGAAAGGGGUUUGAGAAGUAAUCCUUUGUUUGCUAAAAAUGCUAAAGAAGAAUUGGAAGAGUUAGAUCUAAGUAACUGUAGUGUGAAACAGAUUGAUUUUUAUAAUUGUGUCAUGGAGGUGCUAAAUGCUGAUAGAUUAGCAAAAAUGGUAUGUGCCGGACAUUUCAAUGAGGCAGUUAAAAAGAAGUUAGCCACUGAUAAUUCUGCAGCAGCACUUAGGCAAAUAUUUGGUCAAAUGCAUUGG